ACCACCAGCAGCAUCCAAACAGAUUACAAACCUUGAGAUUUGAACCUCACCAACCAGGAAAACACAAUAAGAGCCAUGAGUACAGCUGCUGUCCAGCAAAACCGGCCAUUUAGCAGAGCCGUCAGAAAGAUCAAGGUGGCUUCAACAGUGAACAGCCUUGCCAAAAGCUGGCAAAGCUGGGCGAACAAAAACACAGAAAAGCAAGACAUGAUCCCGAGCGGAUGGAUGCCUGACACCAUCCUUGAGGACACGAAAGACAAGCAGAAUGAGAAGAGUGAGAUGAAACUCUUGGUUACUCCUCGUGUGGUUUCCAUAACUAGCGAAGUUGGUGAAGACGACCAGAUUAAGACAGUGACCGUGACUAAAGGCAUCACGCCAAAAUGUACUGAAUAUGGAAAAGACCUAGUGAACAUCAUCAAGGAGAAGAUCAACACCAAUCAGCUAACAUCAGAGGACACCAAAAACUUUCUUGGCAAUGAAUCUCCCACCAGGAGACGCUACUGUGGUGGGAAAGCUGGAACUUUGGUGAAGGCGCUGGGAUGCCGAAGUAGUGGCUCAGAUGCUGAGGACAGUGGUCUUGGGGAGGAAGUGUCUCUAAGCGACAACAGUGAUCAGAAUGAGAGUGAACCGAAGAAACAUGUCAACAGACAAAAGAUUAAAAUAACUACGAUGAAUGACUUGAGGAGCAAGUGGCAGCGGUUCGCUGAAGACCACAUUGAAGGCCAGAAGCUCAACCCUUUCAGUGAAGAGUUUGACUAUGAACAUGCCAUGGCUAUUCGACUCCAAAAGGGCGACGCGGGAUACGGACAGCCCAAAGACGGAUCCAAAACAGCCCAGCGUGCCGAUCGGGCUCAAAAACACAUCCACCGUGAGAUGGAGGAGAUGUGUUUUAUCAUACGCAGCAUGGGCCAGCAGGAUAAAGAGGGACGUAUCUACGUCACUUUCGGCCGCCUGUUUGACCGCUACGUUAAGAUCUCUGAUAAAGUUGUGGGAAUUUUGUUACGCUGUCGCAAACACAAGAUGGUGGACUUUGAGGGCGAGAUGCUCUGGAAGGGCCAGGAUGAUGACAUUAUAAUCACAUUACUAGAAUAAUGUCCCAGAAAGUUGUUAAUGCUGCAUUCAAGUCCUCCUGGGAAGUUUGUACUUAUGAGUUAACAAGUUGUAAUUAUAAACUUAGGUGCUAUCAAGUCACUUUGGUUGGAACACGAUGCGAAUUCAACUUUUCUACAUAAAGUUCAAUGUUUUUUUUUUGUUUUUUUUACACUACAUCUACAAAAUUAUGAAUAAAGAGGGUGCAUCAUUGUUUUUGCUUUUUUUCUGUUUUUAUUCAAUAUGAUGUUGAUUGAAUUAUUAUGCAUUCUUUGGUAAUUAUAGAAUAACAUUUUGUUUUGGAUAUGUAGCUUAUGUAGUUUAAUUGUACAUGACAAAACAUUUUUUUUUUAUUAAUUUCAAAUUUACUGUCAAUACAGAUACUUUGACACGCUCCAAAUUCAGAGUUUCCCACUCAUAGUAACGACUUGUAAAUAUGAUCUAACUGACAUGACCUGAAUGCACCAUAAGUUGCAUUGUUAAAAAGUAACUAAUUAUUUCAUGAACUUUAUUUUUCACAGUAUCUCAGCUGUUUUCAAAAUACUUUUGCUUUUGAACUAAAAACAUACUUUUUCAAACAAGUAUUGGUGUAGCAUGUCAAAAUGGUUCAUUGCUUUUAUUUUAUGCAUAUUAUAUGUGUAUAGUUAAACUAACUACUUUCAACUUGAGUGUAGUUAAAUGACUUUAAGUUAGGUUCUAGAUAUCUAGUUUCAAAUUAGUCCUCUAUUUAUAAUUUAUUUCUAGCAAGACGAAAUGUUAGAACCUUGAGAACGUUCCAGAAACCUUCUGAACGUUCUGUGAUGAACAUAUGCUCUUCUGUGUCCAUUCUGGUGCAUGACCUGGUCUGAAAGCGUAUUUCGUUUUAGUAGUGAGGAGAUUUAUAUUUGAGAUGGUGAAAGGGCGACUCCUCGCUCACAGUUUUCACAAGGGAUCUCGUGUUUGUCUCCUCACACAUCAAACAUCAGGCAUCCUCUGAAUGCUUUGCACACCAGCUUUGAUGUCUAGACAUGUUUUAGAAAUCAUCUCAUGUUUCAUGCUUGUAAUGCAAUGACAAAUCAGUUUGGUCAUGUGAGAAUGUAGACCCUGGUAAGGUCUUUUUUUGCUUUGGUGCAUCUGAACAUUUUGUUAAUUUGCGUCUACUUUAAGAAAUUUGCUGUUGUUUUAUUUGUUCGAUGUUUGUGGCUCUUUUUUAAUAACCUCUUUCAAAAUGAAAGCAUAAUAACCUUCUUACAGAAGCAUUUGUUGUAAAUAAAACAACUAUUUAUUUAUUUAUUUGAUGCUGAGUUAUUUUCCUGUCAGUAAAGGAUGAAAU